ACAAACUUGAAUUAUUAUUAUUUUUUUCCAAAUAAAUCCGAAAAAGAAAACAAUCUGCCUAUAUAUUUAUAAUUACAUACAUAAAUAGCCUGCUUAGCAUUUACAUAAUUCUUUUGAUCAUUCAUGAGAGCACCAAAACAAAAUGAGAACUUCACAUUGUCGUCGUCUUCCUGGCUUUAAUUUGCUUCUUGUUCUGUUUGUUUCAUUUGUGCUUGGUUUAGCUUCAACGAUUGACGUUUCUUUUCACGGUGACCGGAAACGUAGUCUCUCUAGCUCCGCUCCUUCCCCUCGCACUCGAUCUAUUGAAUAUACAACGUGCGCCGAUCAUAGCGAGGCUAAUGAUGGCAAGCCAAUCGCAUUGAAUUUUGAUUGCAGAAAAGGAUAUGUAAUGUCAAAUAUCAGUUUCGCCGACUAUGGCCAAGCUACUGGUAGUUGUGGAAACUUUAAACGCGGCAAUUGUGGAUCAAGCAAUACCUUGAAUAUUGUCAAAAAGAAAUGUCUUGGGAAGCGGACGUGUGAGUUGUUUGUUCCGGACAAGAUUUUUGGUCCGGUCCACUGCAAGGGACCUAUUAAACUCGUUAUUGACGCUACUUGUAGAAAAGCUUAGGAUUUUUAAGUGAUUCUUAUUGCAUUGUUCUCUUUUCUUGUUUUGAUGAAAUUAUUGCUUUUCUAAUAAGGGUCUUUAAAAACCCAAUACGUCAAAUUAUGAAACGUUUAUAAAGAGUGAGUCGAGAGUAAUUCCUUCAAAAUUAUUUGAGUUCUGUUUUCUCUCAGAAUCAACGAGUACAUGAAGAAUUUGUUCGGGUCUUCUUCGAAUGCACGGACGACCUUAAAUUUAUAAACUUUUGAUCAUUUCAUUGCAUUAUAAUCUUUUCA